AGAUGUAGACUGUUUUUUGUCAAAUCUGAGUAAACUCCAGUAUCUUAUUGUGCUUUCACUGUGUCAUCUUUAACAGAAAAUGUUAGAUUAUCUGAAGGACAAGAAGGACGUGGGCUUCUUUCAGAGUCUGGCUGGUCUCAUGCAGUCAUGCAGUGUUCUGGAUCUAAAUGCAUUUGAGAGGCAAAAUAAAGCAGAGGGACUGGGAAUGGUGACAGAGGAAGGAUCAGGUGAGAAGGUCAUGCAGGAUGAUGAGUUCACUUGUGACCUUUUCCGCUUCCUGCAGCUGCUCUGUGAAGGACACAACUCAGACUUUCAGAACUACUUGAGGACUCAAACGGGGAACAACACAACUGUUAACAUCAUUAUCUCCACUGUUGACUACCUUCUAAGAGUUCAGGAGUCCAUCAGUGAUUUCUACUGGUAUUAUUCUGGGAAAGAUGUGAUUGAUGAGCAGGGCCAAUUUCUCCAAGGCAAUAAAUGUGGCCAAGCAGGUUUUCAAUACCCUCACUGA